CAACCAGAAGAAGAAGGUUAAUUUCCGGGAUAAACAAGGACAUGUGUUAAAUAACUAUCCUUGUGAAUCUUGGUUUAUGUCUCUACUCUUUAACACCUUUAUGCCUAUCACUGGUUUUGGAUUACAGGCCAGCUGUUAGGGGUUUUAUUUAAACGCACACUGUUAUUAACUGUUAGCUAGCGUUUAUCGACUUCAUGGCGGCUUGUGCUCAUGUCUCCAAAGUCCGCUCAUUGUACAAGAGGAUCCUGGUCCUGCAUCGGUUCCUGCCGAUAGAUUUAAGAGCCCUCGGUGACCAUUACGUGAAAGACGAGUUCAGAAGACAUAAAAGUGCAUCACCCAAAGAGGUGAAGAACUUCAUGACAGAGUGGGAGAACUACAAGGACACCCUGCAGACUCAGGUACUGGAGUCAGCGGGGGAGCGACUCCGCUCAGUCAAGUUUGGGGUCGACCUGUCAGAAGGGAAACUCAGCAACUUCCAGGAAGAACAGAUAGGCCAACUGUACGAACUCAUGCUGGAAUCCACCAAACCCAACAGACAGUUUGACAUCCAGGAGGACAGCAAGUGAAGCAGCAGGCCACAGAAAUGUGCUCGGACAAAGGCAAAACCGGAAGGCACUAUGAUGAAUUUAGACCACUAAUAUAUUACCUCUGAGUGCUUCAGAUAAAGAGUGGUACUCAAAAGCUGAGUAGAGGCUUUUAAGAAUAUUUGAUUAUAUUAAAGUGCUGUGUAAUAUUUUUGUGUUCUUCUGCUUGUCUCUUUUACUGUGACAAUAAAAAGAAGUUCCGCAUGCUCCUCUGCAGGUGCAUUAAGGUGGCAC